AUGGCGAUGACUUGGGCUUAUUUGGGUCUAACAUCAGUUUUUCUUUCGAACAUUGCAUCGAUGCUAAUUUCAAUCAAGUUAUAUCGCGACUGGGAUUUUCGAGUCUCUAGCGUUCGAUGGUUGUUCCUUACAUUCUUUGUUUACUUAUGGCUUUACACACUUGGACGUGCCGGUUAUUAUCUCUGGGUCGUUUUGCUACCAAACAGGGAGUUCGUCGACGGCUAUAGCGUCAUCCCGUAUACAGAUAAGCAAUUGGACCAACUAGGUAUGUACGCUACGACACAUCUCAUGGCUACACGCAGGUUCAUUCCGACCGCCGUUCUUUGUUACUGCGACGUCAUGCACUUUGCUGUCGCCUUGUGGGUGUUUCCACUUACAUAUGAACUUUCGAAAAUUGCAGCAAAAUCGAUGGAUCGUGGCGCGAUUAAAGAACAAGCGAAAAUUCGAAUGUAUAUUGUAGUUGGCCAUGGACUCAUUGGAUUUUUUUUAAUUGCGGUGGUUCUAUUAAGUGUACUUGGACGCGGGUACUCGGGUUAUACUUAUCGACUAAGGCUGUGCAUCUACAUCUUACAGAUUGUUACGAUUGUGUAUAUGGGCGCUGUUUUGUUUCGACUUAAAUGCAAGGGCCGCAAUGUCGAGACGAUUAAUGGCCAAUUUGAGACCUCGCCAGUUUACAAACGACUUAAAUGGAUUAUGAUUGCAUACGCACUGUUUGCAAUCCAGUUUGCAGCCACGUCAUUGUUCACAUAUGUCCACUCUCCUCGUGAUGACGCCAUAUUGAGUUACAUAGGCCUCAGUCAAGUUAUGUAUAAUGCAACUGGUUUGGCCCUAGCACUUUGUACAGGCUGCAGUCAAUCUUGUAUGUUACGAAUAUGUGGAUGCUGUAUUUCCGAUGACAAGCUUGUUCAGCUCGUAGUCGAUUCGACCCUCGAUGACAUUCCAUACCUUUAUAACCGUGACGUGACAGUAGAUCCGCCAAUUUUGAAUCCAGUAUUUGUUGUCACUGAUAUCGAAUCAUCAUGUGCAAUAUGGGGUGUUGGUGACGGUAAGGUUAUGCAACGGGCCUCACAAGUGCACGACGAUACGCUCCGUUCAUUAUUGGAACCUUAUCGAGGGUAUGAAAUUACAACAGCGGGUGACUCUUUUCAGCUAGCUUUUCAUACAAUUCGUGAAGCUGUCUCUUACUGUCUCGAAGUUCAAGUCAAAUUACUUGGUGCUGAGUGGCCAAAAGAACUUCAUAGCCUCAAUCCAGCGACUAAGAAGCGGCGAGCCGGUCACCGUGUUCUUUUUCAGGGACUGCGUGUACGAAUGGGAGUUCACGAUGCCAUGGGUUCGGAUGGAUAUCUCCAUCACAGUACUCACGCAGUGACUGGAAAAAGAGUCUACACUGGAGCAUCGGAGGUCAUAGCUAGUGAAGUGAGUGACAUUGCAGCGGGUGGCCAAAUCCUGGUCACGCGACGAAUUGCUGACUGGUUAAUGACCAACAAGGACUCUCUUACAAUGGACUACUCGGUCGAUUAUAUAUGCGGCUAUAUGGUUCCUCAGGUGAAUAUGCCUGUGGCCGUGUAUGAAGUGCUGCCUAAACAACUUGUUCGACGAAAGAUUUUUUUUGCGCGCAACCAGGACAGCCGUAUUCCACAGGUUGCAAGCCAGUCAGCAGCCUCAGGCUCUACUUUAGAAGAGAGUGGACUAGGCACCCCUUCAGGUUCUCCUAUGUAA